CGACUGCCAGAAAUUAUGGGAAACCCCGGUUGGCGGGGACUAUGGCCACAUUUGGUGGUUUAUGCGGUAGCAUUUUUGUUUAUAGUCACUACUGGUCUAGCUGAUGACCAAGCUUAUGGGUACACUUCACCCCCACCACCUAAAUCACCACCACAUUUUAAGCGCAUUUGGCACCCACCUCCAAAGCAUUCUCCUCCUCCACCUCAUUAUUAUGAAUCUUCUCCACCUCCACCAUCACCUUCACCCCCUCCUCCUUAUGUUUACAAGUCUCCACCACCUCCCUAUAUCUAUAAGUCUCCACCACCUCCAUCACCAUCUCCGUCACCACCUUACGUUUAUAAAUCACCGCCGCCACCAUCACCUUCACCACCUCCUCCAUAUGUCUACAAGUCUCCACCACCACCAUCACCUUCACCACCACCUCCAUAUGUCUACAAGUCUCCACCACCUCCAUCAUCAUCUCCCCCACCACCUUACGUUUACAAAUCUCCUCCACCACCAUCACCUUCACCCCCUCCUCCAUAUGUUUACAAGUCUCCACCACCUCUAUCACCAUCUUCCCCACCACCUUACGUUUAUAAAUCUCCUCCACCACCAUCACCUUCACCACCACCUCCAUAUGUCUACAAGUCUCCACCACCUCCAUCACCAUCUCCCCCACCACCUUACGUUUACAAAUCUCCUCCACCACCAUCACCUUCACCCCUCCUCCAUAUGUUUACAAGUCUCCACCACCUCCAUCACCAUCUCCCCCACCACCUUACGUUUAUAAAUCUCCUCCACCACCAUCACCUUCACCCCCUCCUCCUUAUUUUUACAAGUCUCCACCACCUCCAUCACCAUCUCCCCCACCACCUUACGUUUAUAAAUCUCCUCCACCACCAUUACCUUCACCACCACCUCCAUAUGUCUACAAUUCUCCACCACCUCCAUCACCAUCCCUCCACCACCUUAUGUUUAUAAAUCUCCUCCACCACCAUCACCUUCACCCCCUCCUCC